AGAGGUUUGGAACUUUCAGUCCCUGACCCCCAACUUCUGGGGAAGGGAGAGGGUCUGGAGGUUGGGUUUGGUCUUCAGUGGCCAAUGAUUUAAUCAAUCGUGCCUUUGAUUAAUGAAGCAUCCAUAAAACCCCAAAAGGGCUGGGUUCGGAGAGCUUGGGGUUGGACAAUGUUGUGCCUGGAGAGGGCAUGGGAGCCCUGCGCCCUUCCUACAUACCUUCCCCUGUGAAUCUCUUCCACCUGGCUGUUCCUGAGUUGGAGUGAAUAUAGGUAGAGAAGAUCAAGGAUGGACCGUGAGUCAUUGCAACAUUAAGAGAACAGAAGCAAACCAAUCAGCAAUGAGCUCAGUCUCAACAGAGGGGACAAUAUGCGAACAAAGGAACCCAGCCCUCUAAGGAGGAAAAUUCUUCUAAGGAUGGUCUCCCACUCAGAGUUGAGGAAACUCUUCUAUUCAGCUGACGCAGUAUGCUUUGAUGUUGAUAGCACAGUCAUCAGAGAAGAAGGAAUUGAUGAGCUGGCCAAAGUCUGUGGAGUUGAGGAUGCUGUGUCAGAAAUGACUCGACGAGCCAUGGGCGGGUCAGUGCCAUUCAAGGCUGCCCUCACAGAGCGCUUAGCUCUGAUCCGGCCCUCCAGAGAGCAGGUGCAGAGGCUCAUAGCAGAACACCCCCCACACCUGACCCCUGGCAUAAGGAAGCUAGUAAGUCGCCUACAAGAGCAAAAUGUUCAGGUUUUCCUGAUAUCUGGUGGCUUUAGGAGCAUUGUAGAGCAUGUCGCUUCAAAGCUCAAUAUCCCAUCAACCAAUGUAUUUGCUAAUAGGCUGAAAUUCUACUUUAAUGGUGAAUAUGCAGGUUUUGAUGAGAUGCAGCCAACAGCUGAAUCUGGUGGGAAAGGAAAAGUUAUUAAACUUUUAAAGGAAAAAUUUCAUUUUAAGAAAAUCGUCAUGAUUGGAGAUGGAGCCACAGACAUGGAAGCCUGUCCUCCUGCUGAUAUUUUCAUCGGAUUUGGAGGAAAUGUGAUCAGGCAACAAGUAAAGGACAAUGCAGAAUGGUACAUCACUGAUUUUGUAGAGCUUUUGGGAGAGCUGGAAGAAUAAUCAAUUUUUAUAUAGUUCAUAACAACUUCAGGUUAACUUUUAAAAGUUAUACAGUUUAAUACUGUUUGCUUCCAAUUGCCUAUUACAACUGAAUAAAUUUGGUACUGAUUAUCUGUACUUUCAAAUAAACUACAGUUCGGCCUUCUAGAAAAUCACUUUUCUAUACUGUAGUUCCAGUAUUAUUAUGACCAUUAAUUACCUGGAGAGUUUUAUAAUCUGAAUUCUUUAUGUAUUUUCCUAGCUUUAUUUUAUUUGCAACUUUUUAAAGGUGGAUAGUAAAUUAAACACCUCACUAUUAGAAAUAUGGAUUAGGCAGCUUUAAGUGAAUAUUUGUUUUCCCUCUGGUAUAUAUAAAUAAAAGUUUAUCCAUGUGUCAGAACAGAUUUGUGGAACUUUAAAUUCUGCCAAUCCUGCAUUUCAGUGUCCAGUAUUUCAAGUACUUGAUGUGUUCACUAACAACCUUGAGGCAAGGAACCAAGGUGAAGUGGAGCCCCCUCUGAGCACAGGGCAGAGUGCUUGUCACAAUGUACCCCCACUCGGCCCCUACUGAGUGAAGUUCUGGGCCAGAAAGAUGGAAGUGAUUUUAUUACCCCUUGGAAUUUUUCCUAUAGGGAAUUGUUACAUAGGUUUUUAAAAAAAUAACAGUGGAGCCUUAAACAAAAUUUCUGACCUUAAAAAAAGGGAUAUUUGAUAAUCACGUGAAGUAAAAGAACUAAAAACAAGUUUUACUCUUCUCGAAUUAAGGAGGAGGCUCACAGGGAGCUCUCUCCCCUAAAUGAAUUAAGAAAUAACUCCUAAUAGCAUAAUGAACCAUUAUUUCUUACAGAUGACUUGGAAAGACCUGGGAGCCAGGUUCAUGUUUGUUCUGAGCAGUGCCAAGAAAGGGAAAUUCCAGAACAUGCUUUAAAAUUAUGAGAUUAUAUAUCCUCCCUCGUGGAAAACUCGGGGAGGAUAAAGACAAGUGUUUAGGAAGAGGCAUGCAGUGGAUGCUGAUGGAUAAUUAAGUAGAAGAAGCUUGAAGGGUUUAAUAUUGGAAAUUAUUUGAAAAAUGUAUAAUUUAACCAAAUAAUCAAAUUUGGCCAAAUAAUCAGAUAAUUAUUUAGCCAAUAAUCAAAUCAGAUGAAUCAAAUUUCCUUCAAAAUCAUAAUUUCUGUAGGCAAGACAUGAAAUAAGUUUGGCAACAUUUAAACGAGAUGACAAACAACGAGGCAGUUGUUUCCUAAUUAUAAAUGCUGCUUGGCUGCUCUCCAAGAGGCUGUUUUGUGGCAUUUGUACUUUCAGCACUGCCAAGCUCUGGGCAGGACCAGGCAUGCCAGGUCUGUAAGGCGCACUGCAAACUGCCUCAGCCUUUGCCAUCCCACAGUGUGCACAAGCUGGAGCAAGACUUCCCCGGGCAGGUGGGCAGGUAGGCAGAGGACUGAGCAGCUGUUGGCCCAUCAGAGCCUGCCGUCCUCGGGCAAUGGCUUGAACAGGAGGUGUACACUGGAUUUGGAUCUGAGGAGUCUAAUCUGCAGAGAAAUCUUGAUACCCACAUAUAGCCUUUUAUACCCAUUAUACAACCCCUCCUCUGGUCCACAGGCUCCCCAGCUCCCAGCAAGCUGCACAGAAGCAGCAUUCACAAUCCCUUCUUUGUUGUGUUGGAGGAGUGAGUUUGAAAUGAUGCAGCAACUGUGCUCACUUCUUUCAUGCUUUUCUAAUUCUGGACUCACUUGGAAACAGCUACAGAACGGCUCUCCCAAGAGUUAUGUAUGCUGCUAAAAUAGGAUGGGAUUUAGAAAGUGGUGGCAGUGUUACAUGGUUUCCUAUCCUUGUGAUACCAUUUUUUCAUGCUGACCAUGAACACUGCUUAUGUAAACAAAAAAAGUUAAGAAUGGGAGACGUAAAGUUAAGAAUUGAACUUUGUCAUGGCAUUAAGUUGAAACAGAAGUCCCUCAACUUUUAUAUGCUUAAAAACAAGAAAAAAAAAAAGACAACCCUAUGGCUUUCAUUCCCCACUCCCACCCCUAUCUCCUUUGGUAUGACUGCUGCUAUGAUUCUUCUCUCUCUCUUCUACUGUAUACAAGUGUUUCUCCAUGACGUCUAGGGAGGCCUGCCCAGCUACCACUCCCAAGGGCAGGGGCAGCAUUCCAGACCUGGGGCAGGAGUAUAGUCAGAGAUUCAAGUGGUCGGCUUCAGUAAGAGAUGGCUUUUGCCUCUGUGACCCUCAGUAUCUUUAUGAUUGGUUCAGAAAACUUGGGGAGUGAACUGACCACAGGUCACACUGCUUAUUUUCAUAGUUAAUGACUGCUAUUUGGUCACAUUCAGAGCUGGAACCCAGGCCAGUGAUUUCCACAACAUUCUUUAUCUGCAUUAAUAGAACCAGGAGAACCUACUCUAAGCUAAUACUUCUUAUUAACACAGAUCACAAGUGUUAGAAUAUAUUAAUACAGAUGAAAUUUUACUUCCUAGGAUGCAAGUUGUUUUGCAAAAAAUUCAAGUGGUUUCAUAUUUAAUGUUCACUGAAUUCUGGCCAAAGGAUGGAUUUUAGUAUUAGAGGAUUGUUCAGUACUUUGCUGAUAUGUUUCCAAUCCUGAACAUAUUUCUGUUUGUUGUCUUCCUUUUGAAUUGUUUUUACUGAGCUUAUUACAAGGAUUUCUAGAACUUGAAUAAAAAAUGGUAUGAAUAAGGA